CAGAGGAGGCGCUAGCAGCGUUAGCUCUGUGGAUGUGUGAUGGCAGCUUGAAGACGGUGGUGUGGUCGUAUCUCAGCUAAAUAUUCCAGCUGUAACGAAGCAGCGAUGUCUUCUCUUCAGUAUCUGAGAGAGUUCGUCAACGAGCGACUAACUGCUGCUGCUGAAGAAAUAUUCGGAGUCUUUGAGAAAACCGUCGUCCAGUACGAGGAAGAGGUCGGUCGUCAGCGCAGACUGCUGGAUAUCGUUUUGAAUCCUGAAGUAAAGUUACACAGGACAGAGCUCACACAGCAACAUGUCUGUCAGGAGGAGGAGGUUCUCAGUGACCAGCAGCUCCGGAACCAGGAGAGAAACUCCUGUCUGGACCAGGACGACCCAGAACCACCAAAGGUUAAAGAGGAACAGGAGGAAACCUGCACCAGUCAGGAGGGAGAGCAGCUUGUACUGAAGCUGGAGACUGAUACCUUUAUGUUGACUCCUGAUCAUGAGGAAAGUGACCACAGUGAACCAGAACCAGACAUUGACCACCAGCUCCUCUGUCACAACUCGCCUGUAGCUGAGAGCCAAGAUCAGACAGGAAGUCAACAUGUGGACUCAGGAUCAACUGCAGAUUCAGAGUCAAAGACUAAGUCUAAAACUCACACAGGUGAAAAGUCUUUUAAAUGUGACACUUGUGGAAAAGCAUUUGAGUAUAGGUCUGGAUUAAAUAAACAUGUGAAAAUCCACACAGGCGAGAAACCAUUUUCUUGUCAAACAUGUGAUAAAGGUUUCAGGUGGAAAAGUGACCUGUUGAUUCACAUGAGAAUCCACACAGGUGAGAAACCAUAUAUUUGCAACACUUGUGAGAAAGGUUUCAGGUGUCGCAGUGAAUUGUUGGACCAUAUGAUUACACACACAGAUGAGAAACCAUAUCUGUGCAAAACCUGUGGGAAAAGUCUAAGAACUAGAGCGGGAUUGUUGAUCCACAUGAGAACUCACACAGGUGAGAAGCCGUAUCCAUGCCAAACUUGUGAGAGAAGUCUUGGAACUAGAACAGGCUUAAUUAUCCAUAUGAGAACUCACACAGGUGAGAAGCCGUACCCCUGCAACACCUGUGAGAAAAGUUUUAGAUACACCUCAGCAUUGAAGAAACAUAUGAGAGUGCAUACAGGUGAGAAGCCAUAUUUUUGUGAAACAUGUGGGAAAUGUUUUGCAUAUACUAGAGUCUUGAAAUCCCACAUAAGAACUCACACUGGUGAGAAACCAAAUUCCGGCAAUACCUGAGGUAAAACGUACUUUGAUGUGUCUCAGUUGGAUGUACAGGCAAGUAGCCUUGUGUUUGUAAAUAUGUGGGGGAGCAAUCAGAUGUAGUAAUUCAUGUACAAAACACACAGGAACUGAUUUAAUUGAAGAGCCACAUUUUUGUCAGAUUACACAGGAGAAACCAUACAAAUGAUCCUUGAGGGGAGGAGAGUUCAGCAACUAUAAAAACACACUUUUGCAAUACCUACAUCUCUAUUUUCCAUUGAGAAGAAGUCCGUCUCAGUUUAAUGUAGCACAUUGUCAUGAGUAAUAUCACAUUUUGUUAACCUGCCUUGACUUAUCCCUUAAUAAGACUGCUUUACUCAUGUUUCUGUUCGUAACAGUAUCUGAAACUUGUAUUGUAAUCUCACAGAAAAACAACUCUGUGAGUGCAGUCUUCCGACAAAUGUGAAUGACAGACCUCUUAGAUGAGAUUUACUUCAGUAUUUUAGUUACAUCACUAGUUUGAACUGUAUGCUGAACCAAAAUAAGUCUUUUUCUAAAUUAAAGGGGCUGUAUAAAUAAACUUGCUGACUUGACAACAAGAAUACUUGUUCAAUGCUGAUGUUCCCAAAUUGAUGGAUUGAACGAUUAGGGUAACUAUGAGCAUCAGCACUUGAAGUGGUAGCAAUAUAUGCAGUGAGAAAGUGUGUCCAAACUUUUGACUGGUGAUGUUCAGGGAUCAGUGCAUAAAGGAAUGUAUCACAUCAUAUCAAACUAUAUUAAAAGGAUCAGUGAGAGGGCAAAUGCUUACAAUAU